CACACACACGUGUGUGCGUGCGUUGGGGACGAGAGUCGGCAUGGCGGCGAUGGCUGGGGCAGCGCUGCGCGGGGCGCGCUCGGGGCUCCGGCUGAUGGGGCUCGCACCUCCGCGGGGAUCGUCGCUCUGCCGGCCGCGCCGUGGAGCCGCGGCUCAGGCGCCGCGCUGCGUGCGGGCCCUGAGUUCGGCCGUGCCGGCGUCUUGCGGGGCGUACGGGGGCGUCGGGCAGAGGCCGCGCGGGGUCACCGAGCUGGGAUGGCCGCAGCGCCCGCCGCGGCGCCUCGCGUCCGGGCGGAGCGAGGGAGGCGACCGCGGGGCUCGAGGCCUCGGGGGAGACGAUGCGGCCGAGGGUUCGGGCGGUGGCGAGGAGGCGGGAAGCGGGGACGGCGGCGGCGGCGCCGCCUUCUCCUCGCCCGGGAUCACGGCGCUGGCGACGCUCGUGGUGCCAGAAAUUUUCCCCAACGUGCCCGCGAUCGCCGUGUCGCGCAACCCCGUGUUCCCGCGCUUCAUUAAGAUCAUCGAGGUGAAGAACAAGGAGCUGAUGGAGCUGUUGAGGAGGAAGGUUCGGCUCGCGCAGCCCUACGCGGGGGUCUUCCUCAAGCGAGACGACAGUAACGAGGCGGACGCGGUGAGCAGUCUUGACGAGAUCCACCCCGUGGGGACGUUCGUCCAGAUCCACGAGAUGCAGGACCUGGGCGACAAGCUGCGCAUGAUCGUCAUGGGCCACCGGCGGAUCCGGAUCACGCGCGCACUCGACGCCGACCCCGAGAUGAUGGUCAUGACCCCGCAGGCAGAAGCGGACGAAACCGCGACCCCGGGCGACCCCGAGCAGGAAGGGCGACCCCGGGGUCGACGCUGGCGCCGGGAGAGGGGCGGGCGACCCUUCGAGACCGUGCCCCCCGCGCCUGGCGCCCCAGGGGGCCCCGAGGAGGUGGGGAGGGGCCCCGAGGAGGUGGCGGAGGCGGCGGGCACGGGUCCCGUGGGGGUGGAGCCGCUGGGAGGGGAGGACGCGGGGGUGGCGAGCGAGGAGGUGCUGAUGGUGGAGGUGGAGAACGUGGUGCACGAGGAGUUCACGCACACCGAGGAGGUCAAGGCUCUGACGGCGGAGAUCGUCAAGACGAUCCGCGACAUCAUCGCGCUGAACCCGCUGUACCGCGAGUCGGUGGUGCAGAUGAUGCAGGCCGGGCAGCGCGUCAUCGACAACCCCAUCUACCUGAGCGACAUGGGGGCGGCGCUGACCGGGGCAGAGUCGCACGAGCUGCAGGACGUGCUGGAGGAGACCAACAUCCCCAAGAGGCUGUACAAGGCGCUGUCACUGCUGAAGAAGGAAUUUGAGCUGAGCAAACUCCAGCAGAGGCUCGGGCGAGAGGUGGAGGAGAAGAUCAAGCAGACGCACAGGAAGUACCUGCUGCAGGAGCAGCUGAAGAUCAUCAAGAAGGAGCUGGGCCUGGAGAAGGACGACAAGGACGCCAUCGCGGAGCGCAUGCGCGAGCGCCUCUCCCACCUCGUCGUGCCGCCCCACGUCGUCACCGUCAUCGAGGAGGAGCUGAGCAAGUUGGCGCUGCUCGACAACCACUCGUCCGAGUUCAAUGUGACGAGGAACUACCUGGACUGGCUGACGAGCGUGCCGUGGGGCCGCGUGAGCGAGGAGACACUAAAGAUCGGGCGAGCGCGCGAAGUCCUGGAGCAGGACCACUACGGCAUGGAUGACAUCAAGGCCCGCAUCCUGGAGUUCAUCGCCGUGAGCCAUCUGCGCGGCACGACGCAGGGCAAGAUCCUGUGCUUCCACGGCCCCCCCGGCGUGGGGAAGACGUCGAUUGCACGCUCCAUCGCCCGCGCGCUCAACCGCGAGUACUUCCGCUUUAGUGUGGGUGGCAUGACGGACGUGGCCGAGAUCAAGGGGCACCGCCGCACCUACGUGGGCGCCAUGCCCGGCAAGAUCAUCCAGUGCCUGAAAAAGACCAAGACAGAGAACCCGCUCAUCCUCAUCGACGAGGUGGACAAGAUUGGCCGCGGUUACCAGGGCGACCCGUCGUCCGCGCUGCUCGAAUUGCUGGACCCCGAGCAGAACGCCAACUUCCUAGACCACUACCUCGACGUGACCAUCGACCUCUCCAAGGUGCUGUUCAUCUGCACGGCGAACGUGCUGGACACGAUCCCCGAGCCGCUGCGAGACCGCAUGGAGAUGAUCGCUGUGUCGGGAUACGUGGCGCAGGAGAAGCUCGCCAUCGCCGAGAAGUACCUGGUGCCACAAGUGCAGACAGGCACGGGACUCACGGACGGGCGGGCGUCCAUCACGGCGGACGCACUCGCGAUCCUCAUCCGGCAGUACUGCAGGGAGAGCGGCGUGCGCAACCUGCAGAAGCAGAUCGAGAAGGUGUUCCGGAAGGCCGCGUUCCGGCUUGUGGAGGGUGAUGCGGAGAGCGUCACCGUGGACACCGGGAACCUGCAGGACUUUGUGGGGAAGCCGGUAUUCACCGUGGACCGCAUGUACGACGUGACGCCGCCCGGCGUCGUCAUGGGUCUGGCGUGGACCGCCAUGGGCGGCUCGACGCUGUUUGUGGAGACGUCACUGCGCCGACCCCGCGACCCCGAGACCAAGGAAGGGACGCUGGAGGUGACGGGGCAGCUUGGCGACGUGAUGAAGGAGAGCGCGCGCAUCGCGUACACGUUUGCGCGCUCCUUCCUCAUGCAGCACGAUCCUGGCAACGAGACACUCACCAGCUCGCACCUCCACCUCCACGUGCCUGAGGGUGCGACGCCCAAGGACGGGCCGAGUGCCGGCUGCACCAUCGUGACGGCGCUGCUGUCGCUGGCACUGGGCCGCGCCGUGCGGCAGGACCUCGCCAUGACGGGGGAGGUGUCGCUCACAGGCAAAAUCCUCCCGGUGGGCGGCAUCAAGGAGAAGACCAUCGCGGCGCGGCGAGCGGGCGUCACCUGCAUGAUCCUCCCCGCGGAGAACCGGAAGGACUUCUCGGAUCUGGCGUCGUACAUCACUGAGGGCCUUGAGGUCCACUUUGUGGACCACUACAGCCAGAUCAUCGACGUGGCCUUCCCGCCGGAACAGAGCUGAUCUCUCCCCCCACCCCCCUCACGCGCGCACGCACGCAAACGUGGCCUCAAAUCGGCCCAAAGACUUGAGCCCGACGCGGUGCGGUGCUCACCGAGCCACCGAUAAGCGGCGUCCACGCGGGAAGGUGGAACAACAUUGGUAGAGUUGUGGAGACACGGUGGAGUGGGCAGCGUAUCGACUGUGGUCACUGCUCAGAUGCUCGGCUGGUGAACAAAGCCGGCCUUAACCGUAGCCGGGUGGCCUUUGCGUGGACUCGUAUGGCCGUCCGUCAUUGUGUCGCCGUUCUGCCUACGAGCCCAGCAUGACCCCGGCUGAGCUGCACACGCUGCGUAGGACCUCCACUUCGUACCUCCGCCAUGCCGGGGUCAGCACACGGUGGCCCCGGAGCUUCCUCACGUCAUCGUUCACGCAGCGUGCGAUCGCAAUCGCCAUCGCCACCAUCGUCGGACGCCGACCUACGCGGGCGUCCCGCGCCGUGGCCUUGGAAGUCGAGUUUCUGAGAAAGAGUCUCUCGAUGUAGUUUUAGCUCCGCUUGCGCGCACCUAGUACGCACCUACCGCCUGAUUAAUCGGUUUCGUACGGUUUUUAUAGCGUGCACCCCCUGCGCCCGACCCCCCCCCUUCCCCGAGUGGGUCCACGAUGAGUGACGGUGGUAGGUACCUCCGGCCCCCAGCACCUGCGAUGAGGUCAAACGCUGGCGUAGCUCGCCGCCGCCGCAACCCCUUCAUCGUUUGCCUCCGCUGGCCGCAGCCCCGGCCCCGUCACUGCGGUGUGGCCUAGCAGAUUGUGGAGUCACGAUUUCGGUGUGGGUCUGUGUCAAUGUUGCUACUGUAGUUUGCAGCUACAGCGACUGUGUCAAGUGUCGAUUGGGCAACCGCGAGCUAAGCCCAGCCUGAGCAGACGGGGAUUAUGAGCUGAUAGUGAUAAAUAUACAUUGUAAAGAUGUCUAAUCUGUAAUAAAUUACCUGAAUCAGG